AUGCUCACUUAUAGAGUACACAGCACACACUACACAGCACUCAACUCCAUUAACAACAUCUUGUCCACCACUGAUCGGCCGCCUCCCACCAACGGUCAACGAUCCAUCACCUUCCAGGUUCUCACUGUUUUGCAACCGGUUCUGGUUCUGAGGCUCGGCAACAGCCCUGCCCCAGGUUCCAACUUCGUGCCGAGGGGGCGCGGGUCCCGCGCAUCACACGCUCCGUACCCGUACGGAUACACAAUCGUUGACACUGGCCCCGUACGGAUACCCAUGAACGAUGCACGCCGUGACGCCAUUCGGCUCCCUGGUCGUCUGAAGUUGUCCUCCCGACGGACAGGAGGAAUCGCCGUCGGGCUGCGGCACAAGGCGAGAGGCAAGCGGGGAGAGGGGCGAGAAGCGAUACAUACCCUGGGCACAUGGUGUCGUUUCGUAGCCAUCUCGUCAAUCUCAACCAUCUCAUGUUCUCUCGCUCGCUCGCCCCCCCGAGCCGUUGGACAAGACAAGGAACAGGAACACCCAACACUACUCUAA